CGAUUCCUGGACACGGUGUCCUCCGGUGAUGAGGCCCUGGCUCCGGGAAACAGGGGCUGAGGCCGCACACCUGUCGCCCUGGUCCAAAGGGGCAGAGAUAGACUUUUAAAGGACAGAACGGGGAUUCCCACUCGCCCAGUCUUGUGUCCCUCCGCGCCACGCAUUCCCGUAGUGUAAGAGCGAAGACUUUGGAGCCAAGCGAACCGGAGACCAGCUCAGGAGGAGUGUUGGGGUAGCUGGGAUAGCUCCUGGUCGCUCUGGAAGUUAGCUGGAGUCGCUAGUCCCAGGCGAGGGCUGGGGAGGGGCGUCUCGGCCCCGCCCCGCCCCGCCCCGCCCCGCCCCGCCCCGCCCCGCCCCUCUCCGGCUCCAGGGUUGCGAGGCUGCGGAGCUCAACCCAGAAGCCGGGCGCCCUGGGGUUGAGCGGGCGACGCACUAUAGCCGGGAUGCGCACCUGUCUGCGGUUCCCGCUCCCGAGCCUGAGCGCGAAGCGACCCCAUGGCAGGUAGCGGUGGCCUGGGCGGCGGGGCCGGUGACCUCCAGGGUGCGGGGACGGGCCAGGGGACUGCACUGCGUGCUCUCCGUGCUCCGCUGGCGCUCGUAGUUCUGUUGCUAAGCGCCUACUGCCUCUUCGCCCUCCCCGGCCGCUGUCCACCUGCCGCCCGCGCCCCUGCUCCGGUUCCUGCACCCGCCGAGCCGCCCCACACCUCCCUCCGUCUGAGAGCACCCGGCCUGCCGGUGGCCAGCGGCCCGGGGCGCCGGCGCUUUCCUCAGGCGCUCAUUGUGGGUGUGAAGAAAGGCGGCACGCGCGCAUUGCUGGAGUUCCUGCGGUUGCACCCCGACGUCCGUGCACUUGGCUCUGAACCCCACUUCUUCGACAGGUGCUAUGAUCGCGGCCUCGCCUGGUACCGGUGAGCGUCCCUGCUGGUCCGCGCCUCGUCGGGGCCUAAUGCCACGGACCCUGGAUGGGCAGAUCACCAUGGAGAAGACGCCCAGCUACUUUGUGACUCAGGAGGCUCCCCGCCGAAUCCAUGGCAUGUCCCCAGAUACCAAGCUGAUUGUGGUGGUGCGGAACCCCGUGACCCGGGCCAUCUCUGAUUAUGCACAGACACUCUCCAAGACCCCAGGCUUGCCUAGCUUCCGUGCCCUGGCCUUCCGCCACGGCCUGGGUCCCGUGGACACAGCCUGGAGUGCUGUGCGCAUUGGCCUCUAUGCUCAGCACUUGGACAACUGGCUCCGCUACUUUCCUCUGUCCCACUUCCUGUUUGUAAGCGGUGAGCGCCUGGUCAGUGAUCCAGCUGGCGAAGUGGGCCGUGUACAGGACUUUCUGGGUCUCAAACGGGUUGUCACUGACAAGCACUUCUACUUCAAUGCUACUAAGGGCUUCCCCUGCCUCAAAAAGGCCCAGGGUAGUGGGAGACCCCGCUGCUUGGGUAAAUCCAAGGGCCGGCCUCACCCCCGAGUGCCGGAGGCAGUGGUUCAGCGCCUGCAGGCUUUCUACCGGCCAUUCAACCGCAAGUUCUACCAGAUGACUGGCCAGGACUUUGGCUGGGACUGAUCAAGGCCCAGCCUAGCCUUUCCCUGAAGGCCCAGUACCUUUAAUUUAUGUCUGUCUGCUGGCUCACUGCAGUAUUUAGGGAAUAAAGCCUAGAUUUGUCUUCUUCCACUUGGA